AUGGACUACCAAAGACCGAACGGAUGCCACGAGAUACCUCAUGACCAACUCGACCUCAGGCCGGACGCUGAAGUCGAUCGCGACCUCAUUAAACCUCCGCCGGUCUCCUCCGCGAAGAACAUCUGGCUUUUCUGGAAUUCCGGUUUCUCAGGCCUCCACCCGUACACCAAGCGCAAUGUUCGAACAUGGCAUCGCCGCUUCUCUCGCUCAGGUUGGACAGUCCGGGUGAUGGAUCUCGUCUCCAACUCUCCGCUCAACAUCAACAACUUCUUGGACACAUCAGACCCUACCGUCUUCCCCAAGGCAUUUCGAGAAGGCACGAUAGCCGGCACGUACGGACCACAACAUACCUCCGAUCUCGUCCGCUGGCCUCUAUUACUCAAAUAUGGUGGAGUCUACGCGGACGUAGGCAUGAUCCAAAUCGGCGACCUAGAUCGCUUGUGGAACGAAACCAUCGGCAACCCCUCCAGCCCAUACGAAGUCCUGUCCUACAACAUGGGCGGCGUCCACGACCGCGCGCUGACGAACUACUUCCUCUGCUCCCGCCCCAACAACCCGAUGUUCGAGCGCUGUGAACGGCUCCUCCUCGCUCUCUGGGACGCCGACGGUGGCAAAACAACCACAGACGGCAUGCACGCUAGUCCGUUGCUCAAAGGCAUCCCGCUGCUCGGUGAAGGAGACGAGUCUCUGGCGUUCGAGGAGAAUGGACGGAAGUUCGAGGCGCCUGAGGUUAGUAGGAUGUUGACGGAUUAUAUCAUCCAGGGCCAAGCUAUGACGAUGGUGAUGGGGCUUGUGGAUGAGGUCGACGGGUGGAAUGGACCGGAGUACGUGGCGAAGCAUGUUUAUGCUAUUGAUUAUAUGGAGGGGAGUCAGUGGAUCAACGAGCUCACCGCGUGGGAUGGGCCGGAGGCGUUUCGGUUGAUGUCGUUGUCGUUGCCGAAGGAGGGGGAGAAGGAGAGCGACGAUCAGAAGAAGGCAAGGGAGAUUGUUGAGGAGUGUUUGAAGAGGAGUUUCGGGUUCAAGCUGGCGCAUGGGCUGAUUCUGAGGGUCAUGGGGGAUACGCUGGGGAGUCUGUGGAGGAGAAAUGAGGGGAGUGAUGUGGUGAGGGGCACUUAUGCGGAUUGGCUGAGGUUUGGGACGUUGCGGUGGUGUCAGGAUGGACUGCCGGAGAGCUUGAAGUUUGAGAUGAUGGAGCCGUAUAAGAAAGGCCCGUUGUUGAGGGAGAGCUAG